CUGAAAAAUAUAUGGUAGCCUUCACAACACUGUCCCUUGGUUGGUGAGUGACUGAGUGCAUCUCUUCGUCUUGCUCCUGUGUGCAAGAAAGCUCCAAGCUCUAGUUCCUCAUCUAGUUUUCCUCUCUCCCGAGAAUUUAUACAUCGUGAAAGGUUAUACAUGGAUGACAUGGUUGACGCAUUGGUUCUUAAGCUUCAGUCAAAGAUAUGCUAUCAUAGGGAUGCCAGUAUCGAGUACCUAGAAAUCAAGUCUAUGGUUGAUAAACUCGUAGAAGCGAACAAAAAGCUCAAGGAUGAGAAAGUGGACUUCCAGGAUGUAGUUAAUAUGGCCAUAGAAGAAAAGGAGAAUUUGCAGCAUGACUAUCAAGUAAUCAAGGAGCGGAUGGCAAAAAGGGAGGAGCAACUUGAAACUGUAAAGGAGGAACUUGAAGAAGCAAAACAUGAACAUGUGGCAGCAAAGAAGGAGCUUGAGGAAGAAAAACAUGGCCAUGUGGCAACAAAGAAGGAGCUUGCGGCGGCACAACAACAACUUGCUCAAAGGAACCAAGAGCUGGAGGGUUUAAGGAAGAAGCUUCAAGAGAGUGAACAUGUACCUUCCACAAGGGUAACAAGAUCUGCACAUAAGCGGCAAAUGCUGCUCCAAGGAUCGUUGAGCAACGAUGCGGAUGGACAUCGCCCAAAGAAACGUAGGAGGUCCUAUCAGCAUGCAAGCCAAGAUGACGACUUGGAGGUGAUCAGGCAAUGCUGAUCCAGGUUGUGUGCUAGCAGUUGGAAGCGAGGAAGGAAGCCAUCAUCUUAGCAGGCCAUGACUAACAGUAGCAACUAGCAAGCAUGGAAAAAAGUCACUAUGUUAGCUACCUAUGACACUGAUGUUGGAUAGUGUUACAAUCCCCAUUUCAUGCAUAUUUUAGCAUCUAUUUGACUCCUCAUUUCAGAACCUUGGUGUGUAGAAAACUUCACACUUCGAUUCGUGCUUCUACUAAGAACCAUGAUGCAUAAAUAUUUUAAGACUUAAUUUGCUGAAACCUUCAUUUGACGGUCCUUAUUCGAUAAUCCAGUGUUCACCUUUUUGGAAUCGCAUACCUCUCCACGUAAUGCGAUGCCUGAAGAGUGAAGAAUUGUAGCUUGGUCUGGGUCUGCACAUGCUAGUGCAUUGUUGAUU